CCAAAAAACCAGAAGUUCUCGAAAUACCUGCCAUUGAAGAAACGAAUAAUGUCGACAGCCGGAAUUCAUUCCACAGUCUCGGCCAAGGCAACGGCUGCCUGCGCUCUCUCCUCCACAAUCAAGCACCUUGGCUUCAAUUUCAGCGUUUGCCGAAAUUUCUCUGCUGUCGCCACCAAUGGGAGCCGACCGAGACGUCUUGCAACCAAAAGGAACCUCGCUCUCGCAAUGUCGUCUUAUCCUUCUAAUCCUCUCGAAGUCUGCGUCAAAGCCUCCACAACCACGCCUAACAGGCUAGGCGACUGCCCAUUUUGCCAAAGAGUAUUGCUGACUAUGGAGGAAAAGCAUGUUCCUUAUGAAAUGAAGUUAAUUGAUUUGGCAAACAAGCCAGACUGGUUCUUACAAAUUAGCCCAGAAGGAAAAGUUCCAGUUGCUAAACUCGAUGAGAAAUGGAUUCCGGAUUCAGAUGUUAUUACUCAAUUACUAGAAGAGAAGUUUCCAGAGCCACCGGUGGGAACCCCUCCUGAGAAGGCUUCAAUUGGGUCAAAGAUUUUUCCCACAUUUAUUAGUUUUUUCAAGAGCAAAUACCGCAGUGAUGGAAGAGAGCAGGCACUACUCAAUGAGCUUAGUUCUUUCAACGGCCAUAUCAAAGAAAAUGGACCUUUCAUCAAUGGGCAAAAGGUUUCCGCUGCAGAUUUUUCUCUUGGACCAAAGUUAUAUCAUCUAGAGAUUGCUUUGGGCCAUUAUAAACAAUGGUCAAUUCCAGAUUCACUCCCACAUUUGAAGUCUUACAUGCAGGCAAUUUUCUCGAUGGAUUCAUUUGUUAAAACUCGUGCACUGCCGGAGGAUGUCAUUGCUGGGUGGCGCCCAAAAGUCAUGGGUUAAUGUCCAUCUACCAUGGCUUAGUGCAACUCAUUUUACCAAAGAAGGGUUCUGGUAUCUACCUUGAUUCUCAGAAUUUGAUGUCAAGUAGCAUAAGGCAAUAAGCCAUUUAAACUUCACAAAAUGCUGAUUUGGCCUUUAAAAGAGUAGGGUGUAGCCAAAAUAGAGUGACAAUGAGAAAAAUAUGUAUGAUUAUCAGUGUAUGUAAAGUAAAUGGUCUGUUGCAAUCCUUCUUGGGGUCCAAUGCUAAACUGUUCAUUUCCUACAAAGCUAUAGCCCUUGGAAUGACAAGAAUUUGGCUGUCACUGACACAGUGACACUGAAUAAAUGCCAACAGGUGCAUCUUGUUUUUGUCA